AUGUUAGUGGCUGGAACUGAAUCAACAUCGAGCGUAGUGGAGUGGGCAAUGGCUGAGCUAUUGAAACACCCACGCAUAAUGAAGAAAGCUGAAGAAGAGCUAGAAGAGGUAGUGGGGUUGAACAAUAUGGUGGAAGAGUCUCAUUUGCCUAAAUUGCAUUACCUGCAUGCAGUGGUGAAGGAAGUCCUGCGUCUUCACCCACCUGCUCCUUUCUUGGUUCCUCGAUGCCCAAGUGCAUCUUGCACCGUAGGCGGCUUUAUGGUUCCAAAGGCCUCCAAAGUAAUGGUGAAUGCGUGGGCUAUACAGAGGGAUCCUAUGGUUUGGGACAACCCUUUGGAGUUCCAGCCGGAGAGGUUCUUGAGAUCGGGUCGUGAUGAAUAUGAUUUCAAUGGCAAAGAUUUUCGAUAUAUUCCGUUUGGAUCAGGAAGAAGGGUUUGUGUAGGAAUCCCUAUGGCAGAAAGAAUGGUACCAUACCUAUUGGCAUCAGUUUUGCAUUCAUUCCAGUGGAAAUUGCCAAAUGGUGUGGAGCUUGAUAUGUCAGAUAAAUUUGGUUUGGAAUUAAAGAAGGCAAGACCCCUUUUCGCAAUCCCAUCACAUAGGUUAUCUGACCUCACACUCUACAAUUGA